CUUGCCCGUCCGUCGAUUUCGCCAGCCUCGCUCGGCUGCCGGAGGCGUACGGCGAAGGAUGGGGAGGGGGCGGGGGAGGGUGGAGGUUCGGCGGAUCGAGAACAGCGUGAGCCGGCAGGUAACGUUCUCGAAGCGGCGGCGCGGCCUGGCGAAGAAGGCGCACGAGCUCGCCGUGCUCUGCGAUGCCGACGUCGCGCUGCUCAUCUUCUCCGAAAAGGGCAGGCUCCACGACUACGCCACCAACGACAGCAUGGAUCGAAUCCUCGACCGAUAUGAGAGGUAUUUACUAUGUGAAGGUGGAUAUGUGAUGGAAGAACACUCUGAACUGCAGGUUGGAAGGGGAAAUCAGGACAUGAGCUAUGAUGACAUCAAGUUGAGGUCCAGGAUUGAAGCUCUACAGAAGAGCCAAAGGAAUCUUAUGGGGGAGCAACUGGACGCCCUGACACUGCGAGAGGUACAGCUGCUUGAGCACCAGAUAGACAGCGCUCUCAGGAACGUCAGAUCCAGGAAGGACCACGUCUUGCUCAAUUUGAUCGGGGAUCUACGAAAGAAGGAAACGUUCCUGAUGGAACAGAACAGAAUUCUGGAGGAGAAGAAGGAGAAGGCUGAACUGGAGGCACCCCUGCACACCAAGAACAGCACAGCGUCCACUGCUGCAGCAACCGCCCUUCCCAACCUGAACAUCUGCGCCGGUGCCUCCGACAAGUCUGGGCCGGCGACGGUGCCACCCGGAGCGGCGAGCGCCUUGCCGUGGUGGAUACUCCGGCCGUCAGCCAACGGCUAGAGGUCGGAAUAGCAGGUGUUCAGAUGGUGCAUGCUGUGGUCUCACUCAUGGUCCGAGAUCGUAGAAUUUAAUUCAGAUGGGAGGGGGAUUAGUGAUCUACUGAUCCCCUUUUCUUGGUUGCUAUAUUUUAAUCUUGCCCAUGUAUUUUUGAACUUCUGGCCUGUAGUGUAGUGGUGGCAAGGUCCAGUUUGUGGUGCUAGUUUGAUGUAGUUUUCUGUAACACAUGCUGCUGGUUGAGAUUAAUCUAUCUAGGAUGCUGUUUUAUUAA